GCUGUAACAGGGUGGCUGGCUGGCUUGUAGAGAAAAUGAAUGACCGUGUUUCUUUAAAGGUGAAGAAGAAGUGAGAGGAGGUAAUGAAAGAAAGGUAACGUGGUCAGUGAAAGCAGCAAAAGGCCAUGGGAUGCGGCAUGGGAAAAUCAGAAGUACAGCGAAGGAAAUGUGACAAAGUGAGCAUCUCAGUUCCAGCUGCCACUGCAAUCAGAGCAGCUCUGUUGAUCCAGCGCUGGUACCGUCAGUAUGUUGCCCGGCUGGAAAUGAGACGAAGGUGCACAUGGAACAUCUUCCAGUCUAUUGAAUAUGCAGGAGAGCAAGACCAGAUCAAGCUCUACAAUUUCUUUGGCUUCUUGAUGGACCACUUUACCCCAGCAAGCAGUGAAAGAAACCUAAUAUCUCACAUCUUUCGCAAGAACGAAAUCUGUCGCGAUGUAGAAUGGGAGAGGUAUUUUUGCUACAAGAGUAUUGAGGUACCCGACAGCUACAACGGCCCCCAUCUGACCUUCCCCAUGACCUUCUGUGGGGUAUCGAAGCUUGUAGAUGCCUUCAAGCACAAACAACAGCUCCACGCGCGAUAUGUUCUUCAGCUUCUUGGAGAGACUUGGAGACUUCUAAGAAUUCUUCCAAAUAUCAAUCAAGUCUCUGCAUGCCAUACCAAGGAGAUUACCAUAUGUGGAGAUUUACAUGGACACCUUGAAGAUCUGCUGUUGAUAUUUUAUAAGAAUGGCUUGCCGUCCCCUGAGAAACCGUAUGUCUUCAAUGGAGACUUUGUGGAUCGUGGUAAAAACUCCUUAGAGAUCCUUCUCAUCCUCUUUGGAUUCCUGCUGGUCUAUCCCAAUGAUGUCCAUCUGAACAGGGGGAACCAUGAGGACCACAUUGUUAACCUGAGAUAUGGUUUCACCAAAGAAGUCUUGGGAAAAUAUAGGGUGCAUGGCAAGAAGAUCCUGAAGCUUCUCCAGAAGAUUUUCAGCUGGCUGCCCCUGGCCACAGUGAUUGAUCACAAGGUGCUGAUUGUGCACGGUGGGAUCUCUGACACAACAGACCUUGACAUGAUAGCCAGAGUGGACAGACACAAAUAUGUGUCAGCUCUCAGACCUCCCAAGCUAACGCAUCAAGCAGUCAAUGGCAGCAAGACUCAAACAAUGAACAACAGAAUCGGAGAGACCAGUGAACCAGUUGAAGGCCGACGUCGAGUGUGGUCUCUGACUUACAAGAGCUCAGCAUCGGCUUACAGGCAUGACCUCCCACGCCGCUCGCUCCACAACCAGUCUGUGAGCAGUCAGCUCAACUGGUCAGUGGAGGAAGAGCUGAAAAGGAGGCGCAGGCUUGCUGGAUUCGACCAGUCCUAUGUGGAGUUGACAAAGUCCGACUCUGACUCAGACCCAGAGCCUGGAGAAACAACAGAGAAAGACGAGCAGGAGUGGAAGCAAAUAGUGGACGUGUUGUGGAGCGACCCAAUGCCCCAAAAUGGCUGCAUCCCCAACGAGGUGCGAGGUGGAGGCUGCUACUGGGGGCCAGAUAUCACUGAGGAAGUGCUGGGAAGACACAACCUCCAGCUCCUCAUCCGCUCCCAUGAGUGCAAACAGGAAGGCUACGAGUUCUGUCACAACCGCAUGGUGCUGACUAUAUUUUCAGCAUCUAACUACUACGAGGUGGGCAGCAACAGAGGAGCCUACAUAAGGAUGGGUCAUAACCUGGUCCCGCACUUCAUUCAGUACCAGGCCAGCAGGACAUGCCGAGAGUUCACCCUGAGACAAAGCAUCGGGUGGACAGAGAGAUCAGCUCUGCAAGCUCUGAGGGAACAGCUGUUUGUACAUAAGUCAGAUCUCAUGAAUGCGUUCCAGGAGUUUGAUCCUAACAACACAGGGAUGAUCUCUCUCAGCCAGUGGGCCAGUGCCACAGAGAAUGUUCUGAAAUUGGGUCUACCCUGGAGGGUGCUGCGCCCUCAGCUUGUCAGCAACACCCAGUGCGGCAUGGUGGACUACCAACAGUGGAUAAGGGAGCUCUCCAUCACUGAACCCAAACUAGAGAUCUCAGAUAACAGUAUCCUGGAGACUAUGUACAAAAACCACUCCAACCUGGAAACCAUCUUCCGAAUCAUAGACGCAGAUCAUUCAGGUUUGAUCUCUUUCGAGGAGUUUCGUCAGACCUGGAAGCUGCUCAGCUCUCAUCUUAAGGUGGAGAUCAGUGACAAGGCCAUCGCAGAUCUGGCCCAGAGCAUCGACUUCAACAAAGAUGGCAGCAUCGAUAUCAAUGAAUUCAUGGAGGCUUUCCGGCUCGUGGACCUCUCUGCUCAUACCUGAUAGCCUGAAUC